AUGUUCGGAUUCGAUGAGGCCAAGGACCGCCACGGCGACCUCUACGGCGACCAACACCAGGGCAAGUUCAGCCAUGAAGCCGUGGCCGGCGGCGCCGCUUUCGAAGCGAUGAAGCUCUUCCUCGAUAGACAGCGCAAGCAGGGCGGCCCAGUCAAGCACGCUCUCGCCAAGGAGCUCCUCAUGGGCGUUGCUGGCGCCGAGGUGGACAAGGUGAUGGAGACAAAGGGGAUGGACUACCUUGACAGGGAAAGUGUGAAGAGGGAUGCUCAGCGGCAGGCUGAGCAGAUGUAUGAUGAUCAGUAUGGUGAUAUGGAUGAGUUUGAUCCGAAGCGUUUCGCGUAA